AUGUCUUUAGUUGUUCAAGAAGAAGGUAGUUUCCAACACAUUUUGCGUUUGCUUAACACCAACGUUGAUGGUAGAAUCAAGAUUGUUUACGCCUUGACCACCAUUAAGGGUGUCGGUCGUCGUUACGCCAACUUGGUCUGUAAGAAGGCUGAUAUUGAUUUGAACAAGAGAGCUGGUGAAUUGACCCAAGAAGAAUUGGAAAGAGUCGUCACCAUCAUGCAAAACCCAACUCAAUAUAAGAUCCCAGCCUGGUUCUUGAACAGACAAAGAGACUUCACCGACGGUAAGGACUCCCACUUGUUGGCCAACGGUGUUGAAUCCAAAUUGAGAGAUGACUUGGAAAGAUUGAAGAAGAUCAGAGCUCACAGAGGUAUCAGACACUACUGGGGUUUGAAGGUCAGAGGUCAACACACCAAGACCACUUCCAGAAGAAGAAGAUAA